AUGGAAUCCCUUUCAAAUUCUCCAACUGUAUCGAAUAUUACUUUGAUGACUGUAAAGAUUGGAAUGAUGGCUGAUCCUAGAUUGAAAAAGUGGUAUUCUCAAGUGAAUGGUACAGACGCAGAUAGAAAAGUUCAUGUUGCAGUGAUGGAGAGUGAGUCAUUCUUAUCUGAAAGUUCUGAUCUUUCAUAUCUUUACAAUGAAAUGAGUAAGAUUAGAGAUUUGGAUGUAAUUGACCAAUUCAAAUUUACUUUCAAUAGAUUUAUGAUUCCAUACGAACGUUUACUUAUUCAAAGUUUGGAAAUUGCUGAAGUUUUAAAUGGAAAAGUUAUUAAUAUUGUCCCAUUGGAAGAACGUUUACAAAAAUUAGCUAAAACUCCCCAAAAAGGUGUCAAGAGAUUUAUGAGAAUUCGUAAUGAUCCAUCUGAAACUCUAUUCGAUCAGGCAGUUGUCGAUUUUGCUUUGAUUUCAAUGCAAGCUAUCGUUGCUGGAGGAAAUAUUCCAUGCACCAAGAUUUAUGCUGCCUACUUUAGACAAUUCAUGUUCCAUUAUCCAGCCAUUUCGGUUGCUUCGAUGGAUUAUUUCACAACCUACCCAAAGAGAUUAAUCAUGCCUUUCAAGGCCCUUAAAGACUUGUUCUUUAUUACAGAAUACAUGGCCGGAUUGGGUAGUUAUUUUGAAAUGGAAGAAUUGGGAAAGAGUGAUUAUUCAUGUGCCUUGAUUCAAACCACCAGUUUUGGAUUCGAAUAUGCUUCAAGUAAUGUGCAACAGUUUGGUGCUUUCCUUGUUGGUCCAUUCAUUAAUGAUAAUCACAUUGCAAAUGAAAUUGACCAUUUGAAACAAUUGGCAGGCACCUCCAACGAAGUUUCCAAUAAGUGGACAGAAACUUCUGGCUAUGAAGGAUUCUUUGAAUGGGUUGAUGAACAACAAGAUAUCAUGCUAAUGAUUCUUGGAUCUACAAUGGUUUUAGAUGAUAAUAUCAUGGCCAAAUUGAUUAAGGGAUUACAAAUUGCCCUCCAAGAAAAUCCAAACAUUUCCAUCAUUACUGCAUUUGGUCAUAUUAAUAUGGAUCUUUUUGAAAAGUUGGCACAAACAAAUGCUCCACUCGUUCAAUCCGUACUGAACAAUAAGAGAUUCAAAUUAUUGAAGGGUUUCGUUCCUCAGAAAGCUUUAAUGUCCAUCGAGAAGGUCAAAAUUUUCUUUACUCACUGUGGAGCUAACAGUGUAAAUGAAGCUCUUUACUUUGGUAAAUUGCUGAUUGGAUUCCCAUAUGCUUUCGAUCAAUGGAAGGUAGCUCAUACUAUUGAAGAAUUCCAACUUGGACGUGCCAUCUAUAAAUCCAGAGAGGAAUCUAUGGUAUGGAAAUCAGAAAGUAUUUCACAAGCCAUUCACGAAUUGCUCUACAAUGAAGAAAAGAGAGAACUCUACAAAACCAAAGCAAGACACACCAAAUCUCUCAUGAGAAGAUCAGGAGGCGUAAAGAGAGCUGCUGAAAUUGUCGAAAUGGUGUCGGAAGUUGAUGGUGAUCUCUCUUGGAAAAUUGCAGACAAACACCUCACAUGGUGGCAAUACUAUUGUCUUGAUAUUGUGUUAGUCUAUUCAUUCCUCAUGUAUCUUGUAGUCAAAUUAGCAUGCUUGCUUUGUUGCAACAGAAGAAAGGUAAAGAAGGAAUAA